AUGCAAUCGACUUUAAAAGGCAAAAUUGAAAUUCUUUUACUUUCCAACAAAAAAAUGCCUCAGGUCGAAAUCGCAAGAAAAUUUAAGAUUUUACAAAGUACAAUAUUUAAAAUUGUAAAAAAUAUGAAAGAAAAAGGCACAAUUGAACGAUCCAAGAGGUUCGGGAGGAAAAAGAAGUUACAGCUAAUGAUGUUACAGCUUUACUUAAAAUUAAUAAAAAAACCUAAAACAUCAUUAAGAAAUUUAUCUAUUAAACUGUAA